GCAGGAUUGCCUUGGGGUGUACAACUGAUGCCCAUCAGUUGUACCCCAUCUUUAUGUCACGGCUAUCAGCAUGCAUCUUUGAAUGGGAUGCAGCUGACGUCUCUAUCCUUCGCAAAGCAAAGAGAGAGCUGUUGAUGUCCCAGGGUUGGCCUGCGCUGACAGAUGAAGAUGUAAACAAGCAUCUGACCAGGGAGGAGCUGGCUCUACAUUGCAGGAGGAGGACCCGUGGAGAGCAGACUACCAUGCCUCUCCUUGAACAACUGCUUACAGAGCUCCUGAGCAGCAAGGGCAAUGACUCUCUGGGUGUUCCUCUCUUGGAUCGAGAAAGGAUGGAGCACAUCUGGUGUGUCCAAAAGAAGCACAUCAAGUGUAUCCAAGACCCUCUUGGUGUUUCCCUCUAUACUGAGACCGGGAGCUUAACCAAGGGAGGUGUGCUUCUGAAGACUUACAGAUGUGCCAGAGGCUCCACUUCUCUUGAAUCCUUUCAUUUACACCUUAACCGUUUCAUCCCAGGGACCAGUACAAACAGUCUGAACUUUCAGAUUUAUUUGUUGGAGGGUCUACACAGGUGGAACCAGGAUCGGGAGGCAGCUUCCAUGUCAUCGGAGCCAUCAGCUUUACGCAGCUACACAGGAGAACUUGUUCACUGUGUAAACAGCAAUUAUGAAAAGCUGUUUGGCAGGAAAGUGGUCCCCACGUUUUGUCCCCCUGCACGUUACACCGGUGAGCUCAUUGGAGUGCAGUAUCUGUUCCAGCAGACUGGUCAGGCACUGCAGGACAUGAACCCAGACUCUGAAGAGACGGCAGAACUCAUCGAGGACCUUAAUGUGGAGGAGCGAGAUGAAGAUGAGGGCUUCUGUGAUGUCAGCGAGGAUCACACCAUUACAGAUCCUGAGGAUGUUCUGUCACCUCCCUCCUCCACUCUGACACUGGGUUCUUCCACAGUGGUCACCAGCAGUGACACGGCUGUACUGGGUUCCACAUCCCCUUCACUGGUCCCUGACCCUACACCUUCUCCAUCAACUGGACCCUCGGGGACUGCUGUCCCACCUUUUCCCUCUGAAACAUCUGCUUCACCACUCUCCUCAGAGCCAGAGGAUGCUGGUCAGGAUGAUGAUGACGAUGAAGAGACUGCUGUUGACUACCAAAAUGUCCCGGGAUUCCAACAUGUGGACAAGCUGGCAGAAUAUCUGGUGGAGCUCACACAGCCCUUAGCCUGACAAAUCAGGAAGCCAGCACCAUAAUUGAACUUUGGCAGAACCUGGCUGACCAGGACAAGCAACGGGUGGUGUAUGCAGCUCGACACCAGAAGAGACUGCUGAGUGGACGCUUCAGAGUACCAAAGAGGCCCACUAAAACCCCAGGAGUAGAGAGCACCACCAGAAGUGUUCUGGGAGCAAGCAGCGCACCUGCUCAGUGGCCUGACUGUUGCCGUCUGGUGGAGACCAUCUUCAUCAGGCUUUGCAAUAUCCACCCAAGCCCCAAAAGAAAAGGCAAGGGAACGCUGUCGAGAUGGUCUCUAAUCCUCCAGGAUUACAGGAGGAUAAGGCAGCUUGUACUGGGCAACAGCUUGGUGAUGGGGGGAACCUCAAUGCAGCUGGUGGAGGUUAACCAGAAUACCCUGAUUCAGUGGUAUAACAACAGACAGAAAAAGCAGGAACUGUCUGUGCUGAUUCAGGGCAUUCAGUUGCCUCAGCCCCUCCCUGAAGCUCAGGAA